GAGUUGGAGGUGGUUAAGCUCUUCGUGCUGUGUGUGUUUGCGCUGCACCAGAGCCUAGCCAUGCCUCUGGGAAGCCAGUGCAUGGACGAGUCCUACUGCAGCCUGCCCGACUACUACGGCCAGCUCAUCAACCUGCCACACCGCAUCAACGAGAGGAGCAUCGCUUCCUGGACCUACGUGGAGAACAUUGACCUGGACCGGAUCCCCCGGAUCAUCCACGAGGCCUACUGCCACACCAGCCACUCCUGCCAGGGCGUGGAGGGCCCGUCCAGCCUGGAGACCAUCCCCAUCUCCCUGAGGGUGCCGGUCCUGAAGAGGAACCCUGCCUGCUUCCCCAGGGCCAGCUACUCCCUGGAGUACGAGUCCAUCAACAUCGCCUGCAUCUGCGCCGUGUCCCGGAGCAGCUGAGGGCCGCAGCGGCGCAGC